AUGCUUUACUCCACGUUCGUUCUCGCGCUCUUUUCCGCCUCGAUUUCCGCAGCAGUCCCUUCCAGCCAUGGACACACUCGCUCUCCGAAAGAACAUCGUGCUACGCAUAAUGGUCCCUCGCUCGUUCUCCAGGUUAAAUCUCAGGAUGACUUGACCAACCCAGACGACCUGACUGUUGCUGCUACCGUCAUGAACAUGGGGACCAAGGCUGUGAAGAUCCUCAAUGACCCCAAUGGUCCGCUGAGCUCAUGGAAAACUCAUACAUUCGAUUUUGUACCGCUCCCGUCUGUCGGGCCUGAUGGAGUCAAGGCCAAGACUGGGGGCCAAAAGGCCGACGUAGAUUCAAUUCGCGUCAAAUAUAACCCAUUGGUCGCUGCCGCUCUCUCCGACCCCGAUGUGUACACCGUCCUUCAGCCGGGCGAAAACAAAACCGUAGUACACGAUCUUUCGGGAAUGUAUAACUUCCAUGCACCGGGAGGUUAUAUAGUUAGACUGACAUCUCCUGCCGAAUACUUUAACGUCAUCGAAGACGAUGGUUCGAUUUCAAGAGUUCCCGCGACUCUAACGACCGAUCCUGACAAUACUUCGAUUUUGAAUAUUCCUGUCGGCGGCCUUCUUACUUCAAAAAAGAUUUUGUCCAACACGGGAAUUCAGAGUAUUGAUGCCUUGUACAAUCGCAACCCAAACCGAAUGGUCAGACGAGCAGGUAACCCCAAGUUCAAUAGCUGCAGUGCCGAACAGCAAACUGGAAUCGAGGAGGGUAUAAAAGCAGCUAUUGCCUACAACCAGGACGCAGUCAGUUACUUCGACGGCACUCUAGGCGAUCGUUACACUACUUGGUUUGGUGCAUUGGCCGACAACCGCACCGAAAUUGUCAAAGGUCACUUUACAAACUUGACCGACAAAAUAGAACAGUUCGAAUUCGACUGCUCUUGUGACAAGCAGGAUACCUUUGCCUAUGUUUAUCCGACUCGAUUCCCCACUGUUUACUUGUGUGGUGCCUUCUGGAAGGCGCCCACUAACGGCACUGACUCCAAAGGCGGAACCAUUGUUCACGAGGGUACUCAUUUUGUGAACAUUGGCGGUACUGACGACUACGCCUACGGUCAAUCGGGUGCGAAGAACCUAUCGUCUACCGAUCCUGACCGUGCAGUCAUGAAUGCUGACUCUCACGAAUACUUUGUCGAAAACAACCCCCACCUCGACUAA